AUGUCUGACCAAAAAGAGUUUAAGCCAGUUACGGUUAAGAAACCUAUUCCUAAUACAUAUGAUCUCGGUAACUUGGCCACGUUUGAUCCAAACCCUUUGGACAACGCCCUUUUGAAGGACCCCGAGCAAAAGGAACAGCAUUUGGCUGCUGUCACCAGAGACAAUUUGCAGCUCUUGAUCAACCAGGUUUUGUCCUUGCCCGUGAAAACUACCACAGACGCUCAAGGUACCUCUGCGGGCCAAGACUCUACCAUGGCCCUUAUACAAUUGCCUGAGCCAAGUACUCCGUUACCCAGGGAAAAGGCUAUUCCAAAGGCCAAGCCACCUACGAAAUGGGAGCAGUUUGCUGCUAAGAAGGGUAUCAAGGCUAAGGCCAAGGACGGUAAGAUGGUUUACGACGAGGCUACUGGUGAGUGGGUUCCUAAGUGGGGUUACAAGGGUAAGAACAAGGACUUGGACAACCAGUGGUUGGUGGAGAUUGAUGAGAAGGUCAAGGGUACUCCCGAUGAGUUGAUUGACCCUAGAACAUUGAAGCGUGCUGAGAGAAAGAAGUUGGUGAAGAAGAACGAGUUGCAGCACAAGCGUAACUUGAAGAACUCUCAGGUUUGA